AUUUAACACAAACUGUAUCCACAACAGAUUUAACACAAACUGUAUCCACAACAGAUUUAACACAAACUGUAUCCACAACAGAUUUAACACAAAUUGUAUCCACAACAGAUUUAUCACAAACUGUAUCCACAACAGAUUUAACACAAUCUAUAUCCACAACAGAUUUAACACAAACUGUAUCCACAACAAAUUUAACACAAACUGUAUCCACAACAGAUUUAACACAAACUGUAUCCACAACAGAUUUAACACAAACUGUAUCCACAACAGAUUUAACACAAACUGUAUCCACAACAGAUUUAACACAAACUGUAUCCACAACAGAUUUAACACAAACUGUAUCCACAACAGAUUUAACACAAACUGUAUCCACAACAGAUUUAACACAAAUUGUAUCCACAACAGAUUUAUCACAAACUGUAUCCACAACAGAUUUAACACAAUCUAUAUCCACAACAGAUUUAACACAAACUGUAUCCACAACAGAUUUAACACAAACUGUAUCCACAACAGAUUUAACACAAACUGUAUCCACAACAGAUUUAACACAAACUGUAUCCACAACAGAUUUAACAAAAACUGUAUCCACAACAGAUCUGAAUGUAAGUAAGCCAUGA